GUCUUGGAUGGUACACUGUAAACUCAGCAUAUGGAGAUACCAUUAUCAUGCCUUGCCGAGUUGAUGUACCUCAGAAUCUCAUGUUUGGCAAAUGGAAAUAUGAAAAGCCCGAUGGCUCCCCAGUAUUUAUUGCCUUCAGGUCCUCCACAAAGAAAAGUGUGCAGUACGAUGAUGUACCAGAAUACAAAGACAGAUUGAGCCUCUCAGAAAACUACACUCUCUCUAUCAGUAAUGCAAGGAUCAGUGAUGAAAAGAGAUUUGUGUGCAUGCUAGUAACUGAGGACGACGUGUUUGAGGCUCCUACAGUAGUCAAGGUGUUCAAGCAACCAUCUAAACCUGAAAUUGUAAGCAAAGCCCCAUUUCUUGAGACAGACCAGCUUAAAAAGUUGGGUGAGUGCAUUUCAAAAGACAGUUAUCCAGAUGGCAACAUCACGUGGUACAGGAAUGGAAAAGUUCUGCAGCCUCUUGAAGGAGCGGUGGUCAUAAUUUUUAGAAAGCAAAUGGACCCAGUAACUCAGCUCUAUACCAUGACUUCAUCCCUGGAGUACAAGACAUCCAAGGCUGACAUACAAAUGCCAUUCACCUGCUCUGUGACAUAUUAUGGACCGUCUGGCCAGAAAACAGUUUACUCUGAACAAGCAGUUUUUGAUAUUUACUAUCCUACAGAGCAGGUGACAAUCCAAGUGCUGCCGUCAAAAAAUGCCAUCAAAGAAGGGGACAAUAUCACUCUUAAAUGCCUAGGAAAUGGUAACCCUCCUCCUGAGGAGUUUUUGUUUUACUUGCCAGGACAGCCUGAAGGAAUUAGAAGUUCAAAUACUUACACACUGACAGAUGUGAAACGCAAUGCAACAGGAGACUAUAAAUGCUCCCUGGUAGACAAAAAAAGCAUGAUUGCUUCAGCAGCCAUCACAGUUCACUGUAAGUCAAUUUAUUCUUCUUUACUAACUUCACUUGAAAGGCCUUUUCUCAUAGUCUAA